GCUCGAUAAUAAUAUUGAAGCAUCUGAAAGCAAUGAUCAUCCAUAUUCGAUUUCGAAUUUCAUAACUACGGCAGCUCUGUUUAUUUGCACCAACCCUUUACUUAGCCGUCAACAUCAAUUCAUAAUCUGCCAGUUUUGGCCUGAUUUUUUGUUGGUUGUCUUCUGACCUUAUGCUGCCAAUUGAAAAUACGACCGCGAGACGAGAAUCUGUAAAUGGAGUGAAUACAGAAACAGGGGUUGCAUUCAUAGAGAACCAAGUGUUUGGGACCUCGUCUUGGGUGUAUGUGUCUGCACAAAUUUCCGAUGAUCAGGACAUAAAUUUUAGGUCCACUUGAAAGUUCUUAGUCAUUUUGCCAUCAGCUUCAAUAAGAGAUGUUUCCAUUUCUCCACCUUGACUUCUACUAGCACUCUUCUUGGCUCUAUUUGGAACCAAAGAAUUUGAUGUUGGUUUACUUUUUGGAACCAGAAUUUGAUAAAUUGGCUGAAUUUGAGUUCACCUAACAUUUGUAAAUGAGUUCACCUAGUUUCCUCAAUACUUUCUGAUUCAACAGUUGCAUAAUGAGGCCACUCUUCACCUUCACCUUCCUCUAUGCUUUGAUCUGUUCUUCAACCUUGUUGGAACUUUCAGUUGCAGCAGAUACAAUUAUUCCAGGCCAAGUCCUUACUGAUGGCGAGACUAUAGUUUCAUCCAACCAAAGAUUCGAGCUUGGCUUCUUCUCUCCUGGCAGGUCCAAAAACCGGUACCUAGGAAUAUGGUACAAAACAACUCCGGAUAUUGUUGUGUGGAUUGCAAAUAGAAACAACCCGAUUACAGAUUCACAGGGAAUCUUAACAAUCAGCAGCGAUGGAACGCUUGCUCUUCUCAAUGGAACCCAAAGCACUGUCUGGUUUGCAAAGUUGUCGAAAACAGCAGCAAGUCCAGUUGCACAGCUCUUGGGUACUGGAAACUUAGUUCUUACAGGCAAGGCAAGCGCGAGUUCUGAAAGCUAUAUGUGGCAGAGUUUUGAUUUCCCAACUGACACUCGGUUGCCAGGAAUGAAGAUGGGGGAGAAUUUUGAUACUGGUCUAGUCCAAUAUUUGACAUCAUGGAAAAGUGCCGAGGAUCCAUCCCUUGGAGACUUCACCUACAAAAUUGAUAACCAUGGAUUGCCUCAAAUAGUUCUUAGAAUGGGAUCACUGAAACAGUACCGUAGUGGGCCGUGGAAUGGAGUUCGGUUCAGUGGUCACCCCCUGCCCAUGUAUCCAGGUUUUAACCCGAUAUUCGACUUUAAUGGAAAUAGUUUGAAUUCUAUCUCUGACAGUUACAACAUCCCAGUUAUUACAAGAGUAACUCUGGUUCAAUCAGGCUCUCUCCAUCGCUAUGUAAUGGAUGAAACGGGCACUAAAUGGACUCUAGUUUUCACAACACCAGGUGAUCCAUGUGACAGUUAUGGGAAAUGCGGUCCCAAUGGUAUUUGCAGAAUUAACAAAACUCCAAACUGCGAUUGUUUGAAGGGAUUCGCUCCAAAAUCUCAACAAGAUUGGGAAAUGCUUGUAUGGUCCAGUGGAUGCGUAAGAAAGAUAGCAUUAGAUUGCCAGAGUGGAGAAGGAUUUCAAAAGGUUGCGGCAGUAAAGCUGCCUGACUUGUUGGAGUUCCAGCUUAACACUAGUAUGAGCCUCGUUGAGUGCAGCGCAGAGUGCUUAAAAAACUGUUCUUGCACUGCUUAUGCUAAUGCAUUCGUUACUGGAGGUGGCAGUGGCUGUUUGAUGUGGUUCGGUAAUCUGAUGGACAUAAGGGAGUUAGUUGUAGAAGGUAGUGAGCAAGAUAUCUAUUUGCGCUUGGCAGCUUCAGAAAUAGGAGAAGAAGAAAAGACUUACAAAGAUCCUAGUGGUAUUGGCCAUUUCAGGGCUACUUCUCUUGUCUGUGGUGUGCGUGUUCAUAUUCAUGAAAUUAAUAGCAAAGAGAAGAGGGCUUUGGAGCUAAUGGAUGCUUGCCUGAGGAACUCAUGUGUGGAGUCUCAAGUGCAGAGGUGUAUCCAAGUGGGACUAUUGUGUGUUCAACAGCAUCCACAAGACAGGCCAACAAUGUCAUCCAUAGUUUUUAUGAUGGGUAGCGAGGGAUCAAUGUUGCCUAAACCUAAACAGCCUGGUUUUUUCUCAGGAAGGAGUUCCAUUGACACUGAUGCAGCAGCAAAAAGUGAAGAACUUCAAACAAAAGUGCCAGAAACUAUAACAAUACUACAAGCUCGGUAG